AGCACGCGGUACCAGCUUCUCUUACUGCAACUCUACUUUGUCCUCAAUCCCUUUUCUUUAUUGAUGGAUUCUGAAGAUGUCCCAUCAGCCCCUUCAACGCCAGUUACUCCAGGGACUCCUGGAGCUCCCCUUUUUGGUGGGAUCAAGCCUGAGAGGAGUGGCAAUGGCAGAAGAUCGCUUCUUAGUAGCUGCAAGUGCUUCAUGGUUGAAGCAUGGGCCUUGGAAGAAGGUACCUUACCCUCUGUCUCCUGCGCAUUGCCGCCUCCUCCCGUCUCACUUGCAAGAAAGGUGGGAGCUGAGUUUAUAGGCACUCUGAUACUGAUCUUUUCAGGGACAGCCACGGCCAUAGUAAAUCAAAAGACUCAAGGCUCAGAGACUCUUAUAGGCCUAUCAGCAUCCACCGGACUCGCUGUUAUGAUUGUGAUUCUUGCCACAGGCCAUAUUUCAGGAGCCCAUAUCAAUCCAGCAGUCACCAUUGCCUUUGCUGCUCUCAAGCACUUUCCUUGGAAGCAUGUUCCAGCAUACAUAGCAGCACAAGUAUUGGCAUCAUUAUCUGCUGCAUUUAUACUCAAGGGAAUUUUCCAUCCUAUUAUGAGCGGGGGAGUAACUAUUCCAUCAGGAGAGUAUGGCCAAGCUUUUGCUUUAGAAUUCAUCAUUGGCUUCAAUCUCAUGUUUGUUGUUACUGCUGUGGCCACUGACACCAGAGCUGUGGGGGAGCUUGCAGGAAUUGCAGUGGGAGCUACAGUCAUGCUCAACAUACUCAUAGCUGGGGAGUCAACGGGAGCGUCGAUGAAUCCAGUGAGAACUCUGGGUCCAGCUGUAGCAGCAAACAACUUCAAAGGCAUAUGGAUUUACCUGACUGCACCCGUACUUGGGGCACUGGCUGGUGCAGGUACUUACUCUGCUGUCAAGUUACCUGAUGAUGAUGCCAACCCUCAAAACAUGUCAUCAGCAGCACCCAGCUUCAGAAGGUGAACCAUGAUCGAUAGUGAUACACUCCGCUAGCUGGGGAACCAUUGCACAAAUUUGGCUCGUUGUCUCUAAGUUAACUGUACAGGCUUGGCACGAACUUUGGACGUGUUUUUUUUUUCCGUAUUUUUCCCCCCCUUCUUUUUCUCAAUUUCUGUUGCUUGUUGGUUUAGAGACUGAAUGGAUAUGCAAAACCAAGCCGUUGAAUGAA